GAAACUGCGGAGCUGUUCCAGCGGAGCAUGUGUUUCUCGCUCUGAGGGUUAGAAUCGGUUUCGGCUAUUGAAAUUCUCGUUACGAUCGGCAAAUAUGUCCCUCUCACUCGCCCUGGCACGUAGGUGCGGCUCUGUUCUAUCGACGGGAAGGCACUGCAUCCGAGCGAUCCACAAAAGAUGCGCCGCGACGCCGACCGCCGCUGUGUCCGCUACUGCGAAGUCUUACAGUACCGAAGUUCUGGCGCAACCCGCCUCGAGUGCGGAGGAGAGACACUAUCCGGAGAAGAUCACCCGGAUAGUGGACGACAUCGCCAAGCUGACGCUCAUGGAAGUGGCGGACUUGAACGAACUCCUGAAGAAAACACUUAACAUUCAAGAAACACCAAUGAUGGCCGGAGCUUGGGCAGCACCAGCAGCCGCCGCACCCCAGGAGGAGGACGAAGGCGAGAAAGUGGCCAAGGUUCAGACGUCGUUCACGGUGAAGUUGCUCAAGUUCGACGACGCCAAGAAGAUCCAGCUCAUCAAGGAGAUCAAGAACCUCAUGGAGGGCAUUAACCUUGUGCAGGCCAAGAAGUUUGUGGAGAGUGCGCCCCAGGUCGUGAAAGCGGACUUGCCAAAAGACGAGGCCGAGAAGCUAAAAUCGAGCAUCGAGAUGGCCGGCGGAACGUGCGAGAUCGUCUGAGAAGACGAGAACGACCAAUCCGCAUCCGAUGGUGUGGCGUAGGAAUUGUACAGUUUUCUUAAUUUUCUUCCAAAGGAAGAUGUGCCGCAAACCUUGAUCAUUGUCCAGAAACACAAGAACCAUCGCUAAUGCUGGACGUAUUUUGUUUCGUUAUUUUCACGCAUAUUUGUAUUGUGCCCCAAACUCUGCAGGUGCCUGUAUAGCAUAGAAAUAAA